UUUCUGGCAUUUUUGUAACUGAUUGUCACUGAUUGUUUUCAUCUCUUAACUGUGGUGUGUGUGUGAACCUGCAGAUGGGCAGCACGAACAGUACCACUGUUAUAAAUUGAUACAGAGAUCAAUGCCAAUACUCAUAUUUGCAAUCCAAACUCCAUUUUUGUUCAAAUUGUGCACUUGUGAUAGUGUUGGGACCCAUGGGUGAACCUUAGGAAGACCUCAGCAAAUAGCAGUAACACACUAGGAUAAAUUGUUCAGUGCAAAAUUAUUGUAGAUUUCUCAGGCUUUAGGGCAGGCAGCGCUGAAUGCGACUUGUAAACAGGUGUUAAAUGCGGGAGGCGAUGCAAACUAAUUAGUGACACACCUGCAAGCAACUGGUUCACAGUGAGAAAAGAAAACGACGUUUGACUGUUGAUCUGUACAUUAAAAUGUUUCUCCUCCAUCCAUUUUUUCUUCCUUCUCUCUUUGUUCUUCGUACCCAGUACCUACUCUCCUUUUUUCACUACCCCUCCCUUCUAUCAGGCACUCUCUCUCAUUGCUCUCCCUCACACACACACAGACACACGCACACACAUGCACACACACACACAGACUCUCCCCCUCCCCUCCUUUCCCAAUCCACCAGCAAACCGGAGUCCAGGCAGUGAGUGAUCUCACAUACUGUCUUCAAGCUGACUCCCUUGUCACCACGCACUGAGUUCAGCUAGGAAACUGCUUGGCAGCGCAAAGAUGCACGUAACUGCACAUGCUAAAGAUUGAGGGAGGGAAAAAAGAGAGAGAGAGAGGACGGAGAAGGCUCCGAUCAACAAAAAUAAGCUACUUCCAUCAAGGCAGAGACGGAAGCUGCACGAAAGCACAGCACUGGGCGACGAGAGAAGGCAGCACAGCUGAACCUCAUUACUAUUCCAACAAAAUCUCACAGCCCCCUCUGUCACUUACUGUCACGCUAGCCCUCCAGUCAUUGUCAACAAAACUACCGCUUCUCCCUGCUGCAGGGAUCAUCAUAGUGCUGAUUUGAGGAGAGCAUUGCCUGCUUGGAAUUCCUUGUCUUUUUCCUUUUUUUUUUUUUUUUUUUUUUUUUUAAUUCCUCCUUCUUCCCCCCUUUUGCUCUCUUUUUGGCAUGGAUUCUGGAUCCACUCUCUACCUUGGAUUCUUCCCAGUUUGUUACGUAUAUAGAUAUGUCAGUGGGUUAAAGGCUUAGAACUGACAGGGGGUAAUGUACACUCUGCCACAGUGGAGAACUGAGCACAGAUCUAACAGGAUUUAAAUUAUUUCCAAUUUUCAUAUUUUUUUUCCUUGGAUGCCUGGAAAAAGCUAAUUGAAUGAGUCAGUAACGCAGAAGCCAGCUGCUAGUAGACACACAAGAUGAGAGAACAGUUUCUGAACAGAAGACGGGAUUAAAUGAUAGCAGCUGGUGGCACAGAGACUUCAUUACUGUUGGAAAUCUGCACAAGGUACUUCGGGUGCAAAUAAAGCAGCCAACUGGGACAAGGGCAAGCGUUGAGGUGGAGAACAAGGUAGCGAGUCACAGCAACAGCACGGCAGAAGACAAGAACCUUCCAAUUGUCUACAAUCAUAGGACUGUCAGAAGCAAGAAGAGAAAAAAGGAAAGAAAAAACAUUGCCUUUUUGAUUAACCUUUAUCAGCAGACACUUACCUGAAGUCAUAGAUUCUGAAAACUAAAUCCUUUGAUUUACCCUAAUGAUGCUAGCUCUAAGAAAAUGGGCCACAAACUGGCCUCCAAUGAAUGCUUGACUUCCAAGGGGUUGCCACUUUCACUUAGACAUAGUGCAAUAAAAUCAAAAAAAAGCAGAGCAAAAAGUAAGUUUGUGUAAAAAGGAACAUGGUGUGCAAUAUGAACAAGAGAAGGAAUAUCACUGUUUAAGCAAACAGAUUGGAAACAAGUAGACCCUAGUUAAUGAAUGCACUGGUUCAGAAGGCACCAAUCAAGUUUGCAUUUCAUCUAAAUAACCUGUUUGGCAUCUCUUACAAGAAUCUGCUUCCAAGGCACCUGAGGGUGCUUUCAGUGAUAAGGUUGGAAGCCUGUUGGUCUCUACUGUCUUCUAAAGUUUUGACUUAUAAGGCUUGCAAGAGUAAUUUUGUCUGUGUGCCGACAAUCAGCAAUUAGGAACUAGGAGGAGUCCAAAAACUUCCAUCUUUUAUAGCAUCGCUAGGACCAGAAUUAAAAGAAAACUAAUUUCAACCGAACCAUUUGGGUACAUUUGCUUUGGAUAGAGAGAAGAUACCAGACAGAUUCCAGAAAGGAUCAGAAAGAAGACAAUCCUGUGGCAUUUUUUUCUCUGGGAUACUUUUUUCUCUGAAUAAAAAUAAAAGUCCCUACUACCAUUGAAAACUCGAAUAUAUUCUUAGGAAAAUCAACAAAUAGAAGUUGUAACCAGAUUGAACACAGAAGAAAGGCCCCCAGGCGUGUCCAAAACUUCUCAGGUCAACUAUUCCAGAAAAAGGAGACCAUUACUGAUUGCGAUGGCGGUUGCAGCAGAAGAACUUCAUGACUGGCUCUUCCUGUGUCUUCUCUUAUUAACUUUCUUAGCAGAGGCUCUCGAGUCCAGCAUCCACUGUCCACAUGCAUGCCGAUGUGAUACGGGCUUUAUCUACUGCAAUGACCGCGGCUUAACUGCAAUUCCUCCUGACAUCCCAGAUGAUGCCACUGUGCUUUAUCUACAAAACAACCAAAUUAAUAAUGCGGGGGUUCCAUCAGAGCUGAGUACCAAAACCAAUGUUAGGGUCAUCUAUCUCUAUGAAAACGACUUGGACGAAUUCCCUAUUAACUUGCCUCGCUCGUUACGUGAACUACAUUUACAAGACAAUAAUAUACGCAGUCUCCCCAGAGACUCAUUGGCACGAAUACCUUUACUUGAAAAGCUUCACUUGGAUGAUAAUUCUGUGUCUACAGUCAGUAUAGAAGAUGAUGCGUUUGCGGACAGUAAACAUCUCAGACUGCUAUUCCUUUCACGCAACCAUCUAAGCAGCAUUCCAUCAGGUUUGCCGCACACUCUAGAAGAACUUCGGUUAGACGACAACCGGAUAUUUACAAUACCCCAACAUGCCUUUAAGGGGCUCAGCAGCUUACGCCGCUUAGUCAUGGAUGGCAACCUUCUGGCUAAUCAGAGGAUCGCAGAUGACACCUUUAGUCGACUCCAGAACUUGACAGAGUUGUCACUGGUAAGGAAUUCCCUCUUGGCACCGCCUCUAAACCUACCCACUGCACACCUUCAAAAGCUAUAUUUGCAAGAUAAUGCAAUUGGGCACAUACCCUACAAUACUUUAAACAAUAUGAGGCAGCUACAGCGAUUGGACCUGUCAAACAAUAAUUUGACCACCUUGCCCCGUGGCCUAUUUGACGACCUUGACAGCCUCUCCCAACUAUUACUAAGGAACAAUCCUUGGCAUUGUGGUUGUAACCUAAUGUGGCUGAGAGACUGGGUGAAAAUCAUGUCACUCACUGUCAAUGUGCGUGGUCUCAUGUGCCAGUCCCCUGACAGGGUGAGAGGCAUGGCUAUAAAAGAUAUCACCACUGAAAUGGAUGACUGUUUGGAAAGUGGUCAGAGUUCCAACAGCAAUCAUCAAGGUGGCACCAAGGCAACUUUAGGGGCUGGUCACACAACCACAACGCCACAAGGAUCUCUGUUUACUCUUAAGUCCAAGAGGCCAGGGCUAAGAUUGCCAGAUGCCAAUGUGGACUACCCAAUGACCACUGGUGCAGGGACUAAAAACCUUAUGAUCAAAGUCAAGCCAUUAACCCCAGAUUCUAUCCACAUAACAUGGAAAACUACUGUUCCAGUAAGCUCCUUCCGGUUAAGCUGGUUACGGCUAGGCCACAGCCCUGCAGUUGGUUCCAUCACAGAGACUCUUGUGCAGGGAGAUCGAACUGAAUACUUGCUAACUGCCCUGGAACCAAAAUCCACGUACAUCAUCUGCAUGGUGACUAUGGAGGUUGGUAGCUCUUUUGUUGCAGAUGAGACUCCAGUGUGUGCCAAAGCAGAGACUUCAGAGGCACAUGACCCCACAUCUACAGGGAACAUUGAGCCCGACUCGGACCAUUUAGCUGCAUUGCCUCUGGCAGGAAUAAUAGGUGGGGCUACAGCCCUUGUAUCGCUGCUUUUGAUAUUUGCCAUUUUUUGUUGGUAUGGUCAUAAAUCUGGCUUCCUGUUUGCACAAGAACAGAGUUAUACCCGGGGCAGUCGGAAAGCCGAUGACUAUGUAGAGUCGGGCACCAAAAAGGACACAACCAUCCUGGAGAUCAGGGGUCCAGGCUUUCAGAUGAUGCCUUUGAACAACCAGCAGCAACCGAGAGCCAAGGAGGACUUUGUCAUUCACACCAUCUUCCCAUCCAAUGGAACAAGUCUUUACAAGAGCACGCACACAAUAGGCUACGGAACAAACCGUGGCUACAGAGACGCUGGUAUUCCAGAUAUUGAUUAUGCGUACACGUGAUUUAGUGUGAAGUAGGGUAGGGAGGGCGCAGAGGGGGCUGCACAAUCAUUGAUCUGCACCCUGAUCAAAACCACAUAAAAGGAGCUGCUGGCAAAGGGCGGUAUAUUUUGUAAAGUUUGACAAUAUAUAAUUUAUAUUUCAUAGAGAAAAUAAACUGAAAUGUAAACAGAACCAUGAAAUCCACCACAAGUGACGGAAGCUCAUUUUAUGAUCCCUAAUGCUUUUUUUUUUUUUUUUUUUUUUAAUUUUUUUAUAAUUAAAAAAAAAAAAAAGAGGUACAAGAAUCAUUUAACUCUUUAAAUUUCCUGCCAUUUUAGAACCUUUUUUUAGGUUAAAAAAUGAGAGAACAAACCACCCUCCUAUUGUUAAUGUUCUAGAGUUCAUAGAAGAGAUCAGAUGGUGUACCUUUGAAAUAUAGCCUAUUUUGUGUAGGGUUUUUUAUUGCUACAAUUAAAAGGGGUGUGAAACUGUG